AUGGGUCAUCAAUACCGUUUAAGAAACUGGCAGAAUGAAGAAAACAACCCGGUUCGUGAUGCUAGAGCUCUAAGAUAUUUGUUGGCUACUAAUUCUAUAGAUAAUACUUCUUUUGUUGGUACCAAUAAUCGCAGUACCGUAGGAGGAUCGGGAACCACCACAGUUCAAUCAAUUCAUGAACUUAUCAAUCUUCGCCAACUUCGUGAAAACACCAACACUUCCACAUUUACUGAUCAUGGUAAUGGUGGUGAUUAUCGCUAUCCUGCUCCUAUUAUAUUACCAACAACUACUAUUACCAAUUAUAAUGACAAUCGUGCUUCUUCUUCUUCUUUCCUGCCUGCAAGACCUGUUGGAUCAACUUUGACCACCAUCAAUAGAGGUAACAACAACAUGUCGUCAUUAUUAGGUUUAUCAUCCAUGUUAUAUCCAAAUAUUGGAGGACAAUCUGUAGGACUUGCUGGUUUACAUAAUAACAACAAUCGAAGUGGAAGAGCUGCAGAAAACAGUAGCAAUAAUAGUAAUCGUAUUUUCAAUAAUGGUAGAAUUAACAAUAAUGUUGCUACAACUGCUGCUGGCCCUACUAGGAACGACGACCUUGGGCGCUCUUUAUCCUCUAAGAGAAGUAGAUCACCUAGUCAGUUCUUGAGAGGAGAAAGUUCUAGUCAAGGUUCACAAGCUGCUGGAACCUCUAGCAGAAGAAGGAUAAUUCCUCAUGUUUGUCCUCAUCAAGCCAAUCACAACAUUGCUUCUUCAACUUCAUCAACAUUGCAGAGGAACUAUAGUGGUAAUAAUGUCAUUUCUAAUAUGUUAAACCAAAACAUGAUGAAUCAAGCUACUGCUGCAGGUGCAGAACCAAGUAGUACUAGCACUACUCGGUCUCGCAUUAAUAGUCUUCUAGAAAGUCGUGGUCAAGCAGGUUUUUUUGGUGAUUUACCAUAUCAGUCUAAUUCUACUAAUGAGCCGAUUGAUAUUAAUCACUUUUUGUUCUCACCUCAACAAGACCGUUCUUCGAAUAACUUCAUCAAUAGAAGAUAUGAUCCUCCAGCUGAAUCCACACCGUCUUUCUAUACCUCUGCAUCUAUAAGAGGAUCGCUGGAAACAACUCAAGUUGCCACAUCUUUCUAUACCUCUGCAUCAUCUUUUCGAAGCACGGGUUGGGGACAAAAUCAUAGUAAAAACAACUUUUUUGAUAGUUUUCAACGCGUAAUUGUUGAUGUAUUUGAUCAUAGCGUAAUAAGUAUUCAAGAAUAUGCAAUGAUAUUGCCAAGUGGCCAUGUGUAUCGAUUUCAAGCUCCAACUCUUGUUCAUGUGCGGCCUAGUAGUUCUGUACCACCACAACGACCACUGCCGAUUUCUACUCCUUCAUCAGGAAAUUACCGGCUAAACCCUCCUCCACCUCCUCCUGGACCGGGGUUUAGUACUACUUUAGAAGCUAAUCGGUAUGUGCAGACCAAUUCAAGAUUGAUAAGAUCAGAGAAUCGAGUUCGUCUUGGCAGUCAUAACCACAUUUAUGUUUCAACUUUUCCUGAACUUAUGGCGGAGAGGAACAUGCCCAGGGAUGAGGUAUACACUUUCUUAAAUACUUGUGAAUAUUUUUAUUGA